UGGCUCGGGGAGGCUAUACUCCAGCUCUGUGCUCUGCCUCUGAGAAGCCCAUGGCCCAGCCCCUCUGCACCCUGCUGCUCCUGCUGGCCGCCCUGGCUGGGGCCCAGGCCUGGACCCCCAAGGAGGAGGAUAGGGUGAUCCCAGGUGGCAUGUAUGACGUAGACCCCAAUGAUGAGUGUGUACAGCGUGCCCUUCACUUCGCCAUCAGUGAGUACAACAAGGCCACCAAAGAUGAGUACUACAGACGUCCACUGCGGGUGCUGCGAGCCAGAGAGCAGGUCGUGGCCGGAACAAAUGACUUCCUCGAUGUAGAGUUGGGCCGAACAACAUGUACCAAGUCCCAGCCCAACUUGGACACCUGUGCCUUCCAAGAAGAGCCAGAACUGCAGCAG